AUGACGAAAGACAACAACGGGAAUAAUCAGUCGGCUUCAAAAGAUGAAACAGGCCAAGCUACACAACGCCUGAAUCAAGUCUCCUCACAUAUCUCUCCGCCCAAGACAAUCGGAGACAAAGAUAAACAACCCGUGUCCAAAUCAAAGAAGAAAAACACGACAUCCCAACUUCCGGCAGACUACUCCGAUGUUCUCGAUCAAAUCUCUGCACUGCGCAAAAUAGCCGCGACCCCUAACACUAAGUCUAGAGGGUAUGUUCGGCAAAAACAAGCCGGAAAACUAUGGGUACGCGAGCGCAUCGACCAGCUUUUGGACCCAGGCUCAUUCCAAGAAAUCGGAUCCGUUUCUGGAACCGUUACCUGGAAAAAGACUGCUCCUAUGCGGGAGAAGCCUGUGGAAUUCACGCCUAGUAAUAACGUUCAGGGGUCAGGGACGCUCCGAGGCAGAAGAGUCUUGCUCACUGCAGAUGACUUUAGUAUCCGGUCUGGCCAUGCCGACGGAUCCACGGCGGAGAAAACCAUUUACGUGGAGAAAUUAGCUAUUGCGUUGAGAUUGCCGGUAGUUAAGCUUGUUGAUGGGAGCUCGGGCGGUGGGAGCGUGACUACGAUUCGAAAGGAAGGGUGGAGUUAUCUUCCCUAUGUGAGGCCAUUCACCCAUGCAAUCAAGCAGCUGAACAUGGGAAUUCCGAAUUUGGGUGCAGUAGUCGGCCCAGCUAUCGGCCUCGGUGCUGCAAGGGUAGUCUCCUGUCAUUUCUCAGUCAUGGCAGCAGAUAUUGGUGCGCUGUUCAAUGCCGGUCCAAAGGUUGUAGAAGGCGCAACCUUUGAGGAAGGCCUCGAUUUUCAAGAUCUCGGUGGACCACUCGUGCACUGUACAAAUGGAACAAUUGAUAACCUUGCCGCCAACGAGGCUGAGUGCUUUGAACAGAUUCGUACUGUUCUGAGCUAUUUGCCCAAUUCUGGAAGUGAUGCUCCACCAGUCAUUCCCAGCGAUGAUCCUGAAGCUAGAGAAGAUAUUGCACUUCGGAGCAUCAUCCCUAGACGACAGGCGCGGAUGUAUAAUCCCCGAACAAUCAUUACCUCCGUUGUUGAUCGGGACUCAUGGUUUGAGAUCGGUGCUCUCUGGGGCCGUACAGCGAUCGGUGGAUUAGCCCGUUUAUCUGGCCGACCUGUUGGUAUUAUCUCGCUGAACUGUGAAGUGAACGGUGGUGCACUCGAUACAGCCGGUAGCCAGAAACUUACACGGCUAUUGAAGAUGUGCGAUGUCAUGAAUAUUCCUAUCUUACAAUUCCUCGACGUCCCCGGUUAUGCCAUUGGCACCGUAGCAGAACGCACCGCAGUAAUGCGCUGGGGCGUUGAGCUCGCAAAGGUCUACUUCACAACCACAACUCCCAUAUUCAACGUUAUUACUCGUCGUGUAUUCGGUGUUGCUGGAGGCGUUAUGCUUGGCUCUCGAGAUCCGGUUAUGCAAGUUGCAUGGCCCUCUGGACAAUGGGGCUCCCUACCGCUGGACGGUGGAAUCGAGGUAGGACAUCGACAUGAGUUACGAGAAGCGGAGAAGGAGGGAAAGAAAGAAGAACGUUAUAAAGAGUUGGAAGAAGAGUAUAUGCGGUUUAUGAAUCCUGUCAGGACAGCGAAUGCAUUUGGGGUGGAGGAAAUUAUUGAUCCGAAGGAUACAAGACAGAUUUGCUGUGCGUGGGCAACACAUGUGUAUGAUGUGCUUAUGAAGGAGAGGUUGGCAGAUCGGGCGUGUGGAAAGAUUCAUCCUUCAUUUUCUUAA